AUGGUGCUAGAUGUAAUUGUGUUCAAUAAAUCAAGCGGAGAUCAGAAUCACGUUUGCGUGGAUGAUUUAGCCGCAGUAUUUUUCGAUACUUUCCUCGCCGUCAUAUCACCUAGUCAACAUUUUCAACACUUUUAUUAUGAAGAUGAGGACGGUGAUCUUAUAGCUGUCAGAACAAACGAAGAGCUCGCAGCUAUGUUAUCUUUCUCGCAAUACCACCCUUUAAAAAUUCAUUUAAUUUCGAAUGACGAGCCAUUGGAAAGUAAUUUACCGAGCAUCGUGCCGCAUAUGUUAAAACGUCUUUGCCCGAUCGGAUCUGGUUAUUCAAGCACUGUUUAUAAAGCAUUAGACAUGGAACAUGAUCGGAUUGUGGCAUUGAAAUGUAUUGCUUUGGAUGUUUGCAGUGAGCAUCGUAUUGUUGCUCGUGAGGUGCAACUUCUUAGGAAGUACUCUUGCAGUCCAUAUGUCGUGAAUUUCAUGUCUGCAGUACUAAUUGAUAGUGAACUGUGUUUGUGCAUGGAAUUUAUGGAUGGCGGCUCAUUAGAAAGUUAUGAGAAGUUACCUGUAUUAGUAUUGGUUCCUGUAACUGUGUCCAUUAUUUGUGGACUUCACUAUCUCUGGAUUCAUAAUGUGAUGCACAGGGAUAUAAAGCCAAGUAAUAUAUUAGUUAACACCCGUGGUGAUGUCAAAAUAUCGGAUUUUGGACUUUCAAGACAACUCGAAAAAUCUUUUGCUUGCAGUUAUGUCGGCACCAGUUUAUAUAUGGCUCCAGAACGUAUACGAGGGGAUCCUUAUGGAAUCUGUUCAGAUAUUUGGAGUUUUGGUUUGACAAUUUGUGAAUUGGCAACUGGAACAUUUCCAUUAGCUGUAAAUACUCAGGACAAAAAUAUUUCAUCUAAUUUUUUGUACGAUGAAUUAAAUAUUAUGGAUUCCAUUGGUAGUGAAGACCUUCCAGUUGAUCUUGUCAAUGUUUUGAAAAACUGUGUGAUCGUGAAAGCAGCAAAACGAUGGAAACAUGAAGACCUUAUUAGCUGCCCAUUUAUUAUGUUAAAUGUUCCUGUAGAUUUACGCCCUGUAGCACAAUUUGUUUGUGCAGCUUUUUGA